UCCCCAACGUCGAAGAACAAGAAGUCCUCUCCGUCGGCUCGUAAGAGAAAUCGCGCAGAAGGCAGUACGAAAGAGGAGAAUUCCGACUUUGCGCCUCUUCCUCGUAAUGUCGGAGAAAUCACUGAGGAUGUAAAACGCGUAGCCCAACAAGCCAACGAUUUUUUCCACAACCGCGUUUUACCGGUGUAUCGAGUUGCAGUGGAGACCUAUGAAACGGUGCACAACACGGUGGAAACCCAGUACCGUCUAGCGAGUGAAGGUUUCGACAGACAUGUGCUACGGCAUCCAGCAUACAAAGCAGUGGACGAGAAGUUUCUGCAACCGCAUUUGUUACCGAAAGUGCGGUCAGCAAAUGAGAAAUUCGCGGAGUUAGAAGCCAAGCUAGCUCUCACAGCUGAGGACUUUUUUGAUUCAGAAGAUGUGCGUUUGUUGCCGGCUAGGAUAGGAACUUACUUGAAACCUGUUUGCGGACCUGCGUUUGCUCGGUAUCUCGGUUAUCUCGAACUCGACUCUCCCGUUACCUUACUCUUCGCGCUCGCUUGUUUUCUGGUGCACGUGAUUGCAACCGACAACAUCUUCACGAAUCUACUGUUCCUACGAUCCUUCUUCUUCCCAAAGUUGCUGGGCAAUGUCCAACAAGACUACUUCUCAGUACACCCUUGGGCCUAUUGGCAACCAGUGACCGAAGUUGUCACCCCUCUUCGAAAUUGGUGGUAUCUCGGGAGUGCGUACAGCUAUCUCCCAAUACCUGGUAUUCCGAUGUCGAUACUCCGGCUUUUUACCCAUGUAGUAGGCCACGGCGACUGGGGUCAUUUGAGCGGGAACAUGGUGAACCUUCUGCUUGCUGGUCCUGCUGCGGAACGGGAGUUUGGAAGUUACAAUUUGUUGAAGGUGAUUCUCUAUGUGGCUGUGUUUUCUGCAUUUGCGCACAUUGCCUUCGGUAACGCAGCGUCGAUUCAGCUGGGGGCCUCUGGCGUGGUGUUCAUGUGUAUUUUGCUGUCUUCGCUCGUGCAAGUGAGGUUGAUUAUGGCGAGAAGACAUAGAAGGUGAAGAUGUAUUGUGAUUCGUGAGUUAAACUUCAAGUUCAAAUGUACAAGAAAGUUAUAAUACACUUCCUGUUCCUUUUUCAAGUAUUUAAUAGUCGUCUUGUACGUACUACAUCGUAUCUCUAACCCUCACCGCAUCCCUGUCACUUUCGUACUACAAGUACUGCUUUGGGUCCAGAAGGAAAUCAUCGACCAAUUUCUGCCUGGUAGCGGCAGUCCAGGGGUCUCCAACAUCGCGCAUUUAUCAGGUGCUGUCGUGGGGACUGUAAUGGGCUUUCGUCUGCACGGAGAACGAUUGCGACAGCGCGUCAAGGAAAUGGGCAUUCAUUGGUUGAAGAAGACUAGGGAGAAAUCUAGAGAUGAAUAAUAGAAUUGAAUAGUAGAAUGAAAGUGAUGUGGUCUGUUUCGCAAUCAAUCAAUCAAUCAAGUACUACUAGGGAUGUCAAUCAAUCAAUGGUCUGCGAUGAAAUUAGUUUUCCUAUAGACUUUUUUCGAAAGUCCUCUGCCUGGUGAUGGUGAUGUUGCAGGAACCACGAGGACUAACAACUUUUAGAAGACUGAUUCGUUUCGAUUUUGCGCUGCUGCUCUAUCAACAUCCAAGUAUCAACGUAAGCAUUCCAAUACGCUGAACCUCGUAUGAAAAA